AGCUGGGAAGUUCCCAGGGCUGCCGCCGUGGCCGCUUUGCCCGAGUGGAGAAGCCCGGCGCGAGCGCGGCGCUGACAGGACGAGAGGCGCGCGAGGAGGCUGGCGGCGCCCGGAGCUGCGAAGGGCACAGCAGCAGCAGCAGCAGCAGCCAUGAGCCUCGACUGCGACGUGGUGGUGGUCGGCGCGGGCAUCUCAGGUCUGUCGGCAGCUAAGUUGUUGUCUGAAUCUGGAGUUAAUGUUGUGGUUUUAGAGGCUCGUGACAGAGUUGGAGGACGGACUUUCACAAUUAGGAACAAGCAAGUAAACUAUGUAGAUGUUGGUGGAGCCUACGUGGGACCUACCCAGAACCGAAUUCUGCGACUGGCUAAAGAACUUGGCAUAGAAACAUACAAAGUAAACGUAAAGGAGAGAGUUAUCCUGCAUACAAAUGGAAAGUCCUAUCCAUUCUGUGGUGCAUUUCCUCCAGUGUGGAAUCCUAUCGUAUAUCUCGAUUUUAACAAUUUUUGGAGGACAAUGGAUGAACUGGGAAAAGAGAUUCCAGCUGAUGCUCCCUGGGAUGCACCACAUGCUGCAGAAUGGGACAAAAUGACAAUGAAAGAAUUCAUUGACAAACACUGCUGGACCAAAACCACCAGGGAUUUUGCUACACUCUUUGUUGAUAUCAACGUAACUUCGGAGUCACACAUGGUCUCUGCUCUCUGGUUCCUGUGGUAUGUGAAGCUGUGUGGAGGAACAACCAGGAUAUUUUCUGUAACCAAUGGAGGGCAGGAGAGGAAGUUUGUCGGGGGUUCUGGACAGAUAACAGAGAAGAUAAUGGCACUACUCAAAGGCACUGUGAAACUGGAGAGGCCUGUAAUCCACAUUGAUCAAUCAGGUGAUAGUGUCAUUGUGGAGACACUGAACCAUGAGAUAUAUAAGAGCAAGUACGUGAUUAGUGCCAUCCCACCAGCCUUAACCACAAAGAUCCAUUUCAAGCCAGAACUACCAACAAAAAGAAACCAGUUAAUCCAGCGUAUUCCCAUGGGCUUCGUUAUCAAAUGCAUGAUGUACUACAAAGAAGCCUUUUGGAAGAAGUCAGAUUUUUGUGGUUGUGCAAUGAUUUUGGAUGAAGAGGCUCCAAUUUCAAUCACCUUAGAUGAUACUAAACCUGAUGACUCUGUGCCUGCAAUUAUGGGCUUUAUCCUUACAAGAAAGGCAUUUAGACUAGCAGAUCUUAGCAAAGAGGAGAGGAAGAGAAAAAUCUGUGAACUCUAUGCAAAAGUCUUCGGAUCAGAAGAAGCUUUACAUCCAGUGCAUUAUGAAGAAAAGAACUGGGGUGCCGAACAAUAUUCUGGUGGCUGCUAUUCAGCCUAUUUGCCACCAGGCAUUAUGUGCCAAUAUGGAAGGGUCAUUCGUCAGCCAGUAGGUAGGGUCUACUUUGCUGGCACAGAGACAGCUACUCAGUGGAGUGGCUACAUGGAAGGUGCAGUGCAAGCUGGAGAGAGAGCUGCCAGAGAGAUACUGUGCAGUAUGGGAAGGAUUUCAAAAAAUGAAAUUUGGGCGACAGAACCAGAAUCAAAGGAUGUCCCAGCUUUCCCAAUCACUACCACGUUUUUGGAGAGGAACUUGCCAUCUGUCCCAGGCCUCUUGGGGUUCCUUGGAUGUUCUGCUUUCCUCACCUCACUGGCUGCAGCUGGACUUCUUGCCUAUAAAAAGGGACUUAUCUUCCGAGAAUGCUUCUGAAGAAGAUGUUUCAAUUUCGCCCUUCAUGCUGGGUAUUGUAUUUUUAUCGUGGGAACUGUAUUUUUAUCUGUUGCUUUUAUAAGUGGCCUUGAGUGGGUGAGUUUUACCCAUAAAGGUUGCCUAUAAAUAUUUUCAAUGAACAAAUGUUGUUCUUGGAGAGAGGUAUCAACACAUCAAAAAGAGUUUUAGUGUCCAUUUAAAAAUCAAGUAGUAGUGAAGCAAAAGUUCUAUUUUCUAGUUCAAGCCCCAUGUUGGGCAAAAGGAUCCUGCAUAGCUGGGGGAUGGACUAGAUGACUCACAUGGUCCCUUCUAACUCCAGAAUUCUAUGAUUCCUCACUUACUUUUAUUGAUUAAAGUCAGUGGCCUUUUAUCCCUUAUGCCUUUUGAGAACAAGCCAGAACAGAUACUUUUCACAUUUCACAAUGCUUUUGGAAAAAUUCUGUUUGUCUUUAUUUUUUUUUAAAUCUCAGAGUGAACAAAUCAGUGUUAAAGGCUUACUCUAGUGGCUCAUUAAACUAGAUGUUUAUGCUGUCAAGUGCCUGUUGUACUUAGUCUACUGCCAUUUAAAAUGACAAAACUGUAAUUUUGUAAAUUUUGCAACUGUAAAUGUAGUUUCAGCUAUUAUAAGAUAUGAGGUUCAGCAUGGAUUUGACUAAAGAGAAAUAACUAGCAUUAAGUGCAAAAGCAAGGUAAUAAAGUUGGCAAGAGAGAUAAUUUAGGAUUCCCAAGGCUCUAUAAAUAAAAGUGGGGUUACGAUACGAGAUGUGUGUAAUUAUUUUACAUGUAUUACUUUACAGAAAAAGGUAUAGAAUCCCUCACUAUGUUCUGAACACAUAAGAUGUUGCUUUGCCAUUUUUUAAAUAGGAGUAACUUACAAACCCCUUAAUUAAAAAUAGAAACUAGGGAAGUAGAGUCACAUUUGUGUAGAAAGCUAGACAAAAUGUUUCCCUUCUGACACAAACAAAUAAAAAUAAAUCAGCUAAAUGAAAAUGGGUUGUAUUCUGCUAAGCGUCCUUAUUUCUCAUAACUCUGUGGGAUAGUUUAAGCUGACAGACAGUGAGUGGAAUUAAACUAAGUUUCUCAGAGUAGACCCAUUGAAAUUGAUGGGCAUGACUGAGUUAGAUCCAUUACUUUCAGUUGUUCUGUUCUGAGUAAAACUUAGUUGACUGUCCCCCAGAAACUGACCCAUGGUCAUCUAGUGAGCAUGGUGGCUGGACAGGCAUUUGAACCCUGUUCUUCUCAGCCUUACACAGUACUCUACGGGUAAUCAGUGGCUACUAGCCACGAUGGCUAUACUCUGCCUCCACCAUGAUUCUUCUGAAUACCAGUUGUUGGAAAUCACAGGAAGGAAGAGUUAUCUUGUGUUCAGGUCCUGUUUGUGGGUUUUCCGCAGGCAUCUGAUUAGCCGCUGUGAGAAUAUGUUGCUUGACUAGAUGGGCCACUGCCCUGAUCUAGCAGCUUUUUCUUAUGUUGUUAAUGUCCAAUGAUAAUGUGACCAAUGGUUCCCGGAAAAGACAAUUUACUUCAGGCAAUGUUAUACAGGUAUGUAGAUAACUGACAAUUUGGUGAUAAGGGUAUCCAAGUCUGUUGGGUGUUCCUCUCAUCAUUAACUACCUUUAUAAAAUGGUGGAUACGAUUUGUGCCUCUUAUCUGUGUAAUUUAGUGAAAUGUGCCUUUGAACAUUCCUUGAAUUGCCAUUAAAGUAUCCAUUUAAAACA